AUGGCUGAACAACUCAAGAAUGAUCAAAUGGAUACUAAAAAGGGACAAUCACCAAGUCCUCAAGCUGUGAUACCUAAUAGUACAAAUUCGACAUCAAUAUCGACAUCAUUUUCCCAACAGAACGACACAUCACCACGAUCUAACAGCGGUAGUAGUAGUAGUCAUUAUAAUGCAAUCAAGAAAAGAAAUAGAAUAUCAUUUGUUUGUCAAGAAUGUAGAAAGGCAAAGACAAAAUGUGACAAGGAAAAACCAUAUUGUACAAGAUGUGUGAAACAAAAUAUUAAAUGCAUUUAUGAUGUGGCAGAACAACCAGCCCCCAGGAUACCAAGUAAAGAUGCCAAAAUUUCAAGAUUGGAAAAAGAUGUGGAAUACUGGAAAAAUAAAGCUAUGAAAUUAUUGAACGAAAAGGAACUAGAAACGACGUCAUUAAAAAAUCGUACUACAGCCUCUCCUUCAUUCUUUUCUGCAUCGACUUCUUCGACUGCUUUCCCUGAAUCAAAGAAAAGGAAUAUCGAUCAACUGGUUACUGUUGAAGAUCAGACUGAUAAAAAUGAUGACCCUAAAGAUACAAAGAAAAUCAAUAAUAACAAGAAAUCGUUCGUACCGGUAUCCCCUGGGUCCUCAUCAUCUAUCCAUAAUGGGAACAUUGAUAACCAUACGAGAGUAAACCUCUACAGAAAUAACCCAACAAUGAUCAUGAGUAAAGUUAUGAAAAGAGAAGUUAAACCAUUAUCUGAAAAUUAUAUCAUUAUUCAAGAUAAAUUUGUAUCUACAUUAAUAUCGUCUGUAUUCUUAGAUCCCUCGAAAAAUGCAAUGAUCCCAGCAUUGACUGCUAAUGCAAACAUUUCAAGAACUCAGCCUGGAGUCACUAAUAAUGUCUUGAAAUUGAAAGAAAUGUUAAUAAAACAAUGUCAAAAUGAUGCCCAAAAGAUGAGAGUAAACGACUUCACAGAUAGAAUCCUACAGAAUACAAAUUCUACCAAAAAUUUAAAAGUAGGAAUGAUCCUUUCCAUGCUUUAUAAUACAGUCGGUCAUCAACAAUUAGAAGAUCAUUGUUCCAAAGAUGGUGAAUAUUCGGAAUUAUUGAAAAAUUUCAUUAAGGAAUUUGAACAGUUAUUACCACCUUUCAAUAUCAUUCAACGUUAUAAAUCUCAUUUCAUCGAAUACGUUUAUCCAAAUUUACCCUUCUUAGAACAAGAAAUGUUUGAAAAUUCAAUAUCACAAACUGUACUCCCGGAUCCACAUAAUCCAAAUAAAGUUAAAUUGAAUCUAGGUCAUAAUCAAUUAAGAUCCAAACUAGAAAAUUUAUGUUUACUAUUAGUCAUUUUGAAAUUGUCUUUCAUUUCAUUGAAAUUAGUUGAGGAUAGUUCUCAAUUGGGUAACUUAUAUUUAACUAAAGAUAUGUUAGAAAAAUAUCCUAUAAGUAAUGAUUCCAUCCUAUUAGCUCAACGGUGUUUAGCAUCUGAAAAUUGGUGUGCAUGUACAAACGAAAAUAUCAUCACUUGUUUACUUUACAUUUGGUCCUUUUUCGUGUUCUCUCCCGAGGAAGGUGAUUUCUUCUUAGAACAUCCUACAGACGUAAUAGGAAGCAUGAUAAUGAUGUUAGCUACAUCCAUCGGUCUUCAUAGAGAUCCAUCUGAUUUCCCACAAUUACAUGAUUCAACAUUAUCUAAUCAAAGAAUUUUAAAUCAUAGAAGGAUGUUAUGGAUUGGAAUUGUAACAAUAUGUUGUUUUGAAUCGAGUUUAAAAGGUAGACAUUCAGUAUCUUCUUUUUCAUUAAUGGAUUUAUUCAUAGAUGUUCAUGAUCCAAAUGCAAUAGAUAAAUAUAUUGCAAGAGUUAAGAAAGAGGCUCAUCCAUCAAUGGAUUCAAAAUUAAUUAGUAUACAUGAAUAUUCAUUCAAAAGAGCACAGUUAGCACUUUUCCUAUCGGAUUUAGAUGAUUUAACAAUGACUUACAAAGGUGAUUUCCCCUUAGCUGACGUGGAAAAUCUAAGAGAUAAAAUUUCCGAUUUCAUCGAAGUAAAUUUCCCCAUUGUUGACCUAGAUAAAUAUAUGGAAAAUAAAAACACUGAUAUUAAUAUAAGUUUAUUAUCAUCAAUAAAUUCUACAGCAGUGCAUUCUAGAAUUAUGUUCAAAUUAAUGAUGCUAAGAACUUCAGCUGCAUUGUUUUUACAUUUUGAAUCAAAAUUAGCAAAGGAUAAAACUUUAUUACCAUAUUAUUAUAGAUACUUCACGAAGACUUGUACCUAUGCGUUAAGUUUAAUUAGAGAUUUUAAUAAGUUCUUCAAAGGUGAAUAUAAUACAGCUCUAUCCCCAUUAACAAGUUAUAAUAUUACAAAAUUUAUUCAAUUAGCAUUACCUUCCACCAUUUUCAGUUUAUUGGGAAUCAUCUUAAGAAUUAGUUUAGGCGGUAAUAUGUUAUUUUCUCAAUAUCAAGAGUAUCCAAAUAAACAAGAUUUUGUCAAAUUAGAUGAAAUUAAUAAAAAAAUUGAAAAUUUAAAUUCAUUACAUAAAGAGUUGGAAAUAGCUUUGGAAAAUAUUCAUAGUUUAGCUUCAGAAUAUCUUCGAUUUACAUUCUUUUCAGUUUUCAAAAUGCUUGCCCUAUGUGAUGUUAUUAUACAGAGGAUGAGAAAGGGUGAAUUGUGGUUAGGUAUAUUUGGAAUGGUCCAUACAAAUCAAAUUCAUGCAAGAAUUGUGAAAACUUUAACAAUGACAAUUGGUUUUGAAGUUGAUAAGAAAGAUAAAUUAAUUGAUGAUUUAAAGAUGAAAAAUUAUAUUGUAGAUUUUACCAUGGAUGAUAUAACUGAAUUAAGACAAAAGAUUUUAUAUGAAUCUGAAGGAAUUGAAAGAUAUCAAAGAAAACAGAAACCUACAAAUAUGGAUAAUACAAUGAUAUCAACAAAUCAAUCAAGUCAAGUCUCAUUAAAUCCUCCACAGACUACUAUGCCGUUACAACAGCAGCAAGAAACACCAAUGAAUAACAACUCACCAUCUUUUACACUUGGUUUGAUCCCAUCCAGUGGACUUGACAAUCAAAAUAAUGACAACAAUGGAUUUUCAUCUAUUGCAUAUAAUUGGAAUUCAUCAUUAGGUAACUUACAAAAAUUAUCAUCGGCCGCGAUCAUGACGCAGAACAUGAAUAAUAAUAAUAAUAAUAAUAAUAAUAAAAAUACUACUAUUAAUGGAUUUGAAUCAAGUGGUCCUAACACUGGUAUGGGCAAUACACCAACACCGGGUCCGAUUCCAAUACAGGGUACAAUACCAAUUUCAGGGCCGUAUAUCAAUGGUGGUGUUCCUAACGGUAGGAACAGUAUGCAAACAACUCCGGGACCAAAUAUACCAUUACAAUCUGUACCACAAGUUCAACCGCUGCAAUCGCAACCACAACAGCAAGGUACUCAAGUACCUCAGGCUGACUUCCCAGGCUUUUUCGGAGGUCUCGAUUUAUUUGAUUAUGAUUUCUUGUUUGGGAAUGAAUUUACGUGA